AUGCCCUCAAUUGAGAGUUUCGACGAAACUAAAGAUCCCAUCGACCACUUGGAGACUUUUCAAGCACUAAUUCAUUUACACGCGAUACCAGAUGAGAUCAUGUGCAGGGCUUUCCUAACAACUCUCAAAGGAUCAACACGAGUGUGGUUUAAUAAGCUGAAGCCAGGGACCAUCGAAACCUUUGAAGAAUUGAGUAAGCGUUUCAUGGGACACUUCAUUGCUGGCCAGAAGCAUAAAAGGCUUGCUACCUACCUUCUUACUGUAAAGCAGCAGAAAGGAGAGUCACUGCGAGACUACAUUGGUCGUUUCAAUACGGAAAUGUUGCAGGUGGAGGAAGCGGAUGACAAGGUGGCUUUAGCCGCCUUUAUGGGGGGACUCCAAACCUCGAGAUUUCUCUUCUCUUUAUCAGAAGAACCCCCUACCAGCAUGGCCGAGUUACUGGUUCGAGCUAAAAAACAUAUGAAUGCUGAAGAUGCAAUGAUGGUAAGAAAGGGGAAAGAAGGGGAUGAUAAAAAGGCAGACAAGAAAAGGCCGGCUCUAAUAACCAAAGAUGAAAAGGAAACCAAGUAUAAGAAACCUAUGAUCAACCAGAAUGAAAGGGCAUCUCGCUAUAAGAGCGCGGAGAGAUAUACAAAUUACACUCCUUUAAAUAUGCCAAUAGAUCAAGUUUUUCUACAGAUCCAGGAUGAACCAUAUCUGAAGUGGCCACCAAAAUUGAAGUCAAACCCGGCGAGGAGACUUCGUGAUAAGUACUGUAGGUUCCAUAAAGACCAUGGGCACGCCACAGAGGAUUGCUUCGACCUCAAGGAUCAGAUUGAGACUUUGAUCCGAAGGGGCACAUGCGAAAAUUUGUUAUGGGGAAUGACAGAACCGACGUUAAUCUACCAAGAGCAAGCCGAGAUAACCACCUCCCUGAUCAACAACCAAUGGGAGAAAUUAGGGUCAUAG